AUGAGCGAUGCAAGCAGCGCCCACCGCGACCCUAGCGGUCCAGAAUGCAGCCGCUCCACAGCCUCGACUGACAAGCCGCACCCGUCUGAGUUUCUCGAGUUCGUCACUGUCGCUGGUGGCCCAACUCAGCAUCGCUUGGAACCUCUAAGGACGCAGACUGCCAAAGACUUGACCGAGGACCGCAUCAAUGCCACUCGAUCCAACGAUGACCUCUUCCAUGGCCUUUCGGCCGCGAUACCGAGCCUCCGUCGUCUAUCGGUGGAGGCACGAGCGGCUACGAAGGCAGAACAUGCCAUGACUUUCCUGACGGGAUGUCGACUGUAUCCAAAGGCGAUUGCGUGGUCCCUCUUGUUGAGCAUGACCAUAGUGAUGGAAGGCUACGAUUUGACGCUGGUCAAUUCGUUCUUUGCAUUUCCGGUCUUCAGGCGCUCUUACGGCACGCCGCUUCACCCAGAUGCUCCUCCAGGCCAGCAAGACUACCAGAUCUCACCGGCAUGGCAGUCAGGUCUCACCAAUGCAGCCGUCGUCGGCGAGAUCAUCGGUUUGUUUUUCAAUGGCGUUCUCACGGAACGAUUUGGUUACCACAAGACCAUGGUGGGCACGUUGGUCUGGAUGGCUCUCUUCGUCUUCUUGGCUUUCUUCGCGGUCAACAUCAGGAUGCUCCUUGCGGCUCAAAUCCUCUGCGGACUGCCAUGGGGCAUCUUCCAAACCCUCAGCACAACAUACGCCGCGGAAGUCAUGCCAGUAGCCCUUCGAGCGUAUCUGACAUCCAACGUGAACAUGUGUUGGCUGCUGGGCCAGAUAUGUGGCGUCAGCGUCAUUCGAGGUCUUGUGCACAACAACUCAGAAUGGUCCUAUCGCAUCCCCUUCGGCCUGCAAUGGGCCUUUGCCGUCCCAAUCCUGGUCGGCGUAUUCUUCGCGCCAGAGAGCCCGUGGUGGCUCGUGCGACACGAGAGGGUCAACGAGGCGAAGCGCUCCCUCCUGAGACUCACCACCCAAGACUCCGAUCCCGACUUCAAUGCCGACGAGACGGUUGCGAUGAUGCAGCACACGAACGAAGUCGAGAAGUACCUCAACGGCGGCGGCGUCUCGUACUCUGACUGCUUUAAGGGCACCGACCUCCGACGAACCGAAAUCUGCUGCAUGGUAUGGUGCACGCAAGCUCUGUGCGGCUCCACGAUGACGGGCUACGCGGCGUACUUCUACGAACAAGCCGGCUUCAACACGGCCGACAGCUUCAACCUCGCCAUUGGCAUGUACGGCGGCGCCAUCUGUGCGGGCAUCUUAUCCUGGAUCGGGAUGCGCCACAUCGGCCGCCGCACGCUGUACAUUGCCGGCCUGGUCCUGUCGUUGAUCAUCCUCGUGGUGACGGGCAUCGUCGGCACCUUCAAACAAACCCACGGUGUCUCCUGGGCGCUGGGCUCCUUGAUUAUCGUCCUCACGUUCGUGUACGACUUCACCGUCGGGCCCGUCUGCUACGUGCUCGUCGCCGAAAUCCCGUCCUCCCGCCUACGAGUCAAAACCGUCGUCAUUGCCCGGGUCGCCUACAAUGUCAUCAGCAUCAUCACCAACAUCAUCACCCCUCGCAUGCUCAACCCCAGCGCGUGGGACUGGAAGGGCAAAUCGUGCUUCUUUUUCGCCGGCACGACCCUCGUGUGCCUCGUAUGGUGUUGGUUCCGGCUACCCGAGCCGAUGGGCCUGACGUACAUGGAGUUGGACAUUCUGUUCGAGAAGAAGGCAAAGGCGAGAAAGUUCCGCGAGUUCCAGGUCAAUCUGGCGAGCACGGGGUAUUUCAGCCUGAGCACCCAGAACAGGACAGACAGUGUUUGGAGAGGUUAUCAAUGA